CGCCGCACGACUUCGUAUCGUGCGACGACGCGACGGUUAACUCUUGAGAAGACUCUCAAGCUUUCACACAGCCCACGCGCAGACGCGGCGCGCGCGUCCGCCGGUGUGCUCCGCGCGCGAAUCCGCGACGGAGGGACAUCGGGGAAACAAAUCCGCGUGAAAUCGCCCGCGCGCCCGAACGCGCGUUCGAGCCCGCGCGCGCGCCUCGCAUCGAGCGCGUCACGCACGCACGCGCGUGAGAAACACGCGAACGAGCGCGAGUCGCCGUUCCGUCCGGUUUUCGCGUCGUCGACACCGUCGGAACGCGUUCGAUUCCGCGCGCGAAGUCGAGGGAAUACCCCAUCAUCGUAGCGCCAUCGGAGCCGUCGAUUUGAGCGAGAUGGCGAGCGCGAACAACGCCGCGGAAACCGCGCCGCAGCCCAGCCAAGCCCCGAGCGCGCACCACGCGCCGCACGCGGUCGCGCACCCCGGCCUCGUCCUCCCGCAGCAAGCCAUGAACGCGGCGGCGAAGCUCGCGCGGUACGGCGAGCACGCGCGCCCGCCGUCGAACCACCAGGUGCCGUCGCUCGUGGAGGUGCAGAUGCUUCUCAACCGCGGCCGCGCGAUGCUCGGCGUGCCGCCUCUGCCGAUGACGAAGGUGCCGUCGCUGAAGGAGCUCAACGCGCGCGUCGCGUCGCCGGUCGCGCUGCCGUUCGUCGCGAUCGCACAGCAGCAGUACGAGCAGCAACAGCAGCAGCAGCAGCACGCGAACGACGCGAGUGCGGCGGCGGCGAACCCCCCGCCCGACCCGAGCGGCGACGGCGACCUCGCGCCGUGCGCCGGGAAGGUGUGCUUCAACUGCCGGACGCAAAAGACGCCGCUGUGGAGGAACGGCCCGGACGGACCGAAGACGCUGUGCAACGCGUGCGGGGUGCGGUUCAAGCUCGGGAAGCUCCCGCCCCCUGGCGGGUUCCCGCCCGGGCAUGUCAUCCCGAAGCCGCCGCCGCGGAAGCGACCGGCGGGUAAACUCGUCGACGCGGAGGGGAAAGUCAAAAAGCAACGCGUCGGCGGCGACGAGGCUAAUCCCAACUUGACCGGCGCGAGGAAAAAGAAGCGAACGAUCAGGUUACACAACCCCAACGCGAACGGGUUCCAUCACAACGACGAGAACCACGGCGCGCGGUUUACGGCGCACGGGAAGUUGCACGCGGCGAGAAGCGCCGAGGCGAUGACGGAGUACGACGGCGCCGUCUUGCUCAUGGUGCUGGCGGGGCUGUAUAACCAAUGAGGACGCGCCCGGUCUGGUCGGUCUUUUCGUCACGUGCCGGGCGCGAUUUACCCCUCAUUUACGUGUUGUAUUCUUUCCCUGCUGCUGUACUGUACCACUGUAACCUGCCGCCGCCGCCCCGCGGGCCGGGGAGGCGAAAAAUUUGUUGUAUCUUUGAACGAACGACGGCGACGCCGCGUGCGAGGAGCCGAGCGGCGCCCCGGGAGAGCCGGGGCGCCCUCGGCGGCGCGAGCGACGCGUGUAUACUGACGAUUGUUUCUAUAUUAGUCAACGUGCGGUCGAGCCCUGCGAAGGGAGGCUCCCGCCCUGGACGUCGGUGUGUAUAAUAUCCGCGAGAUCACGACGCCGCGACAACUGUAUGAUGAACUAGCCACUCGCGUCGAAGACGCCUUAGCGAACGGAGGGGACUGUAAACUGAUAUACAAAACGCCCCAUCUAAUAA